CGGCGCUCCUUACCCUAAACCCUACUCUGCUGUGUUUUCAAUUUCUUCAGCACAAUGAAGCUCGUCAGAUUUUUGAUGAAGCUGAACAACGAGACUGUCUCAAUUGAGCUCAAAAACGGAACCGUUGUUCAUGGAACCAUUACAGGUGUGGAUGUUAGCAUGAACACACAUCUGAAGGCUGUCAAAAUUACGCUAAAAGGAAAGAAUCCAGUGACGUUGGAUCACCUGAGUGUGAGGGGUAACAACAUCCGUUAUUACAUCCUCCCUGACAGCUUAAAUCUUGAGACGCUACUGGUGGAAGAAACACCUAGGGUGAAGCCAAAGAAGCCAACAGCUGGAAAGCCUAUGGGACGUGGUCGUGGGCGCGGUCGUGGGCGUGGACGUGGUCGAGGCCGCUAAAUGCAUUCCAGCUGCUCUAAUUUUUUACAGUCUUGCCUAUGUAAACAUAUGUACGGAUUGAGAGAUUUGCUCUUGGUUUUUCCCAGUAGAAAAAAGAUGGAUCUGAUGCAACAAUUUAUUUUGGAUCUUUGAAGUGAGGAGCAUGUUAUCUCGUUGCAUCAUAUUGUCUGCUAACAUUACUUU